AUGUUGCACGUGGAUCUCGCCGACAGUCUCUACUCGGAGACGGUGAGAGUUACGGCGAGCGGAUUGGAGGAGUGGACGAGUUAUCAGUUGGUGUUACGGUGAGUUGGGGCUGAGUUUUCCUACUUCCUACAUUCGCUAACUUUUUGUAUUAUAUUCCAGACUCUAUGACUCGAACAAAUCUUCGAAUGCCGUGUUUCAAUCGGACAGCCUCGGAUUCAUAGACCUUUCGAGAGAUGCUCCGCUACGAGGAUCUUAUCAUGGUACGCAUCAGAGUUGAGCGGAUGAACACGGAAGAAUUUUUAUCUUUUUUAGAAAAUUUUUUCAUGAAAUAUGAUCAACUGACGAAAUGUAUAGCAAAGUGAACUCUGUUCAUAGAAAAAUAACUGUAAAUUUAGCGAUUCAUACAAAACAGUUAUUCGAGUUGUUGCGUGAAAAUGUCCUUCCGUCUUCGGUUAGCCCUUAACUUUUUUGUAUGAAAAGCUAAAUUUACAAUUAUUUUUCUAUGCGCAGAGUUCAAUUUGCUGUACAUUUCGUCAGUUGAUCACAUUCCAUGAAAAAAUUUUCUAAAAAAGAUAAAAAUUCUUCCGUGUUCUUCCGCUCAACUCUGGUACGCAAUGCGUGUUUCAGACCCCAAAACUUAUAGGGUUUUUCCAGAUGUGAACCCGAUGGGCCUCUUCACUUCUCCACUACUUUCAGCAGAAGCUAUCGGAACUACUACGUGCUGCUAUUAUAGGCUAGAGUAAGCGUAGCAACACUCAUAAUAGAAAAAGUUGAAAAUUUCACAGAAUUCUCGACAGUUAUGGACAUCAUGUGGAUGGGGUCAACUUGAAAAGACGAUUCCUUCAUCCACUGGUCACUAGAAUCGCAGUUGAAGAUUCGGAAUUGUCUGGACUACUGUACAAACCGCCGGGAAAUGGACCUUUUCCUUCGGUUAUUGUUUCAAAACGCGCAGAACGCAUGGCAAUGAAACUCGCUUCUCAGGGAUUUCUAGUGUUUAGCGCACUUUUGGAGAUGGUACGGAGCUCUUGUGAUUUCUGUUUUCUCAAGUUUUUGUUCAGAAGUCUCUCGAGUAUGUGCUCAACUUACCGUAUUCCAAUGGAAAACUCGGUGUGAUGAGAUCGUCCAACUUCUUAGCUAUUCAGCAUCUACUGGUGCGAAGACUCUGUUCACAGUAAUCCGGAUAAACUUGAUUCCAGACGAGCCCAUGUCAAAAUAGAGAACCCUACAAUAUUGCAGAAGUGUCCCAUGAAACUGAAUGUCCUGCUGAGGUACGGAGUGUCUAGAAGUUACACUUUCAGAGGUUUUACCGCUUUCAGAUGCAUCAACUCACAUUUUUUGGCGGAAAACAAUCCAGCUCUCACGAAUCACUUUUAAAUUUCUGCAAACGGAGCCUGGGAAGCCCGCCGGAUAUCCAGGAUUGGAAUAGAGAAAAGCCAGUGAUAAUGCCACGCAAAACUGUUUUUUAUAGUCGAUUGUGA